UUUCACAAGAAACGCACAUUCAUUCAAUUUCAAGUUUAAAAACAAAUUCAAAUAUUUAGGAAUUUCGUAUAAAGCUUAUCUAUGGCAAUUGGCAACAAUGUUUCUUCCAAAUAAAUAAAAGUUAAUUGUUUUGUAACUUAAAUGAUGUUUCAUUAAGUGGCCAUGUUUUAAAUAAAAAUGGGUUUAAUGAAUUUAGAUAAAAAUAUAACCAAUACAACCACCUGCCAAAUUUGAACUAAACGGUAACUUAGCAAGUGCGCGAUACAGUGAAAGCGAAGUGAAGACGUCAGCAAAGAUAGGAUUUGAUAUUUGAACUUUGUGGAGUUCGUGGAAAACUAGUGUGUAUUAUUUCAUUUGGAAAUAGCUUUGGAUAAAGGUGUAAGAAAUGCGUCUAAAGACAGGAAGAACAAAAGAAACUUCUAAGGAAAAGAAACAAAGGAGAAAAGAGUUUCAAGAAAUUCAAAAACAAAUUAAAACCAUUGUAUUACCUGGAUUAAUAGCAAUUGCUUUGUUAAUAACUGUCUAUGUUUACUUGAAAACAAGGCCAAAAAAUAGUUAUGUGGACUGAUACAAACAAGUUUUGAGAAAUGUAAAUAUUCAAGUUAUUUUUAAAUAUAGUAAAGUUUAUUCUA